AAGCCGCAAAAAAGCGCAAGACGAUCCGAAACACAUAGCGCAACAAAUAUUGUCUAUUUUCUUUAAAUUCAGUCGGUUUUACUUGAUUUCUGCUGUUUAAUCGAUUCAGUUGAAUAUCUUCAUCAGUCGACGGUUAUGGUGCAGUGUAUACCGCUUCGAGCCUGAAGAACCCAGAAAACAAGUUAGAUAGUUUGCAACAAUGAAUCAACUGGAGCUAUCGUUGCAGCUGCUGGACGAAAGCGCGGUGAAGUCCCAUCGUGGAUUGCUUCGUUCGAAAGAAUCUUUCCGGGGCCUGCAACAGCAACAACAGCAGUUCGCAACUUCGUUCGACGAACCGACGCUAAGCGGGACGCUCGAUUUGCUACAGGAUGUUAGUGCAUAUCGGCUGGGAGGAGGUGCGGAGCAGGACAGUGAAAUGAGUAUCAUCGGAGCGAGCACGACUACACAUGGUUUCACGAAUAUAAAGGAAGUUACGAAGGGUCUUUGCGAGGAGUUCCUGGAGAUUCUUCAGCGGCACAACAGCGAAUCGAAUGUGUUCGAAACGAUCGAUGAGCUGAUUGAGACGCUGAACGAAGCACUUGUGCGUAUAGAACUUGCCGCUCGGAAGCUGCAGAUGACCGGUCGCGAGCGGCACUUGCACGAGGACGAAAUGUGGUUGAACGCCGAAAGGGAAACGUGGAAGCUGAUGGCUUCUUUGUACCGCGAUCGAUUGGUCACGCAAAAGACGGACUGUGACAUGGAAGACUUGCCGCUGGUGAACAGUGAACGAGCGAUCAUAGAACAUCUUUACGCUGGGAAUGAAAACUUGCGCGAGUAUCAGAUGAUAGUGGAUUGGCUGGAGAAGAUGGUGCUGCGGCAAAAUCAAUCGCUUGCGGGAACGUUCACGAACCACUCGGUGGCCUGGGAAAACACACUCCACCAGCUGCUGGAAGUUGGUGAAACGGCUUUCGGUAGUACGCGAGAGCUGGUAAAAAGUCUCGAUCCGGAUGCACCGCUUCGCGAGAAUCGUCCCCUCCACGAUCUUGACGCAGAAGAUCAGGUACGGUUGGCGAAGCACAUCUUUCUCGAAAUCCGUUCCGGGCGGCUAGAGGAAGCGCAAAAUAAGUGCGAUCAAUGCGGACAGUCAUGGAUGGCGGCCGUCCUAGAAGGAUGGCGGUUGCAUCACGAUUCAAACUAUGGCAACGAAAAUCCCAAACUCGAACGCAACCCGAUCGAAGGCAAUCCGAGGCGCGAUUUGUGGAAAAAGUUUGCCUGGAAGAUGGCGGAAUCGCGCCUGCUCAACCCGUACAUAAAGGCUUCGAUUGGGGCGCUCUGUGGCCAUUUGGAUUCGAUGGUGGAGAUUCUGUCCAAUUGCACGUGGAACGAUAUGCUGUGGGCGUACUUGAAGGCACAGAUUGAUAUUCGGGUGGAGAGCGAAAUCCGAUCACAUUGCAUCAAGAGCUACCUACCGAUGCCGGAGCAGUACUGGAACGGAAAGAUGUCGCUGGAGCAAAUCUUUGGCGAGCUGGAAGCGCACAAGAAUGCAUGCAUAAGUCUUGCAGCGAAGGACGUGGACAAGGUGAUUCAAAAGUACAUGAUUCUGGACGACAUUCCGGGACUGAUGCGCAUCGUUGACGGUUGGCUGAGCGAUUCCGAUGAAGGCGAGCUGGUACUGUCCCAGCAGAUGCUUCGUUUUCUGUCACAUUUCGUGAUGUGUGUACGUCAGAUCGGUAAACCGUUUCAGCAGGACAUCGGUGAUCGGAUUAUCAAGCGAUACGUGGAGCAUCUGAUACAACUUGGGGAACCACAUUUGGUCGCCUUUUACACUGCCACCCUGCCGCCCGUGAUGCAGCUUAUGUUGUACUCCAACUUUCUCAUGACAAUCCGCACACCGACCAGCGCAAGGAAAAGAGCCCUCGUAGAAGCGUACAACUUUGGGCUGGAUGUACCAAACAUUACGGUGCAUACGGUGGAAAAGUAUCGUGCCGCCGAGGAGGACAGCAAUGCACCGGCUCCAGCCCAGGGCGAACUGACCGACCUGGAUCGGGAGAAAAUUUCCUCACUCGAGUGGCUCACAUUCUACCCGGAGCAACGGGGACAGCUUCUUUGGCAGGCGAAUGCCCUCAUUCGCUACUUCCUUGGUCGUCGUUGUAUCGAGGCAGCUCAGAAAACGUUUGCCCUCGUGCCGGCCGAUACGAUCGAGCAAAUAUUCACCAUCUACGGCUCGAAGGUCGACAUACCGUGCAAGGAGGAGGUAAGCAUUCGCGAAUAUCUCUGCCACCAGACGUACCUCGGUGCGAUCGAUGGCUACAACGGUUGGUCGCAACUGUUUUUCAACGGAAAACCAAAACCACCACCGUCCGUCUCGGUCACGAACUUUACCGAGCGUGUUACCUCCGAGCACCGGGAGCAGGCGUAUAAGAAGGAGCUUGACAACUGGGAGCAUCGAGUAGCGGAUGCGACCAAGCGGGCACGCGAUCUACUCUACAACGUGCUGCUGUUCCCCGAGACGGGCUGGUUGGUUGAUCCGGACACGAACAUGGAACGACCGGGCGAGAACGACGAUGAUGACGACGAAGAAAGUGAUGCAUGGCGAAACCGAGCGGUACAGAUGGAGAAUCUGCGGAAGCUGUGCAUUCCGGAAGUGGUACUGCUGCUGCAUCAGUUGCACACACUCACCAACCAUCACGACGAGUGUAUGCUUCUCGCCAGCGUGCUUAGCUCGGAGUCGCGUAAGCUGUAUAGCGUCUUUUCCAAACACAAGCUGGCGGAAGUGCUGGCGAAGCUUGCCGAAUCGUCUCUUACGCUCAUGAACGACCGGAAGGACCCGUUCGUUGGGGAAGCAGCCAAGAAGUAGAAACGGGGUACUUUAAAGUUUUUACAGUGGCCACCGAGGUGUGUUGCAUUUACAAUCUUUUCUUCGUAUUAAUAAAGUAAAUGUUGAAACAUUA